AUGGAUGGACAUGACAAAAAGAAUCCCAUUCUCCUGCUUAAAGAAUUAUGCCAGGAAGCACAAGGUUUGGCAGGAGUACAGCUAAAAGAAGAUGGGUUUUCAUCUCCUUUUAAGACGUUUUCAAUACCAUUUCCUGAAGAGGCAGUAAAGAAGUGCUCUAACAAAGCACUUCUUUUGCAGUUAUAUCAUCAAUACAGCACGAGUUUGGAAACGAUUUUGAAUAAAUGUCCUCUAGAAGAUUUGAAAGUGGACCCCCAAAUGGUUGCUGAUGCCUUCAAUAAUCAAUUUCUAAGAACUAUACAAUUACUUCCUGUUGAAAACAAUCUCAAGAUCAAGGAGCAGAAUCCUUCUGAUAGUUCUGGGAAAGAAGAUUCUAAAAAUGACACUGUAGAAGAAGACAGUCCUUCACCAGAUAAUCAGAAUUCUCGUACUGCAAAGAAAUUCUUCCUUGAACCCGAAGCAAAAGAUCUGCUUGAAAAAGUAUUUAAAGUUAAAAAGUGUCCUAACACUUCUGAGCGAUUAUUCAUCGCUCAGAAGCUUGGUCUAACUGCUUCUCAAGUUAGGAUAUGGUUUACAAACAAACGUAUGCGUACGAAAUCUAAACAGAAGAAAGUAAAACCAAUAGCUGGUCCUAUUAAAUAG